CUGGCAGGGAUCAGGUCUCGUAGCCAUGGCAGCGGGGUAUUUAUUACAGCCUCUCUCCACCCCGGACUUUAGCCCUUAAUCAAGUAGAAAAGCAGGAGCAGGCGCCUCCGAGCCCCACGGGCAGCGUUGGACACGAGGAAGAGCCCCUAAAUAAUGGCAAAAUUCCUGUCCCAGGAUCAGAUCAAUGAGUUCAAGGAGUGUUUUUCCCUCUACGACAAGAAACAAAAGGGGAAGAUCAAGGCCUCGGACCUGCUGGCAGUGAUGCGAUGCCUGGGAGCCAGCCCCACGCCGGGGGAGGCGCAGAGACACCUCCACUUGCACAGGAUCGACAAAAACGCGGAGUUGGAUUUCUCCACCUUCCUCAAUAUCAUGUACAGGCAAAUGAAGCAAGAGGAGCCCGAGAGGGAAAUCCUCACUGCCCUGUCCAUGAUAGACAGGCAGAAGAGAGGCACCAUCACCGUCUCGGAGCUGAAAGCCAAGCUCACCCGACUAGGCGAGAAGCUCUCCGAGGAAGAAGUUGAUGACCUGCUCAAAGAAGCCAAAGUUGGACCAAACGGAACAAUCAGGUAUGAAGAAUUUGUCCACAAGAUUUGCCUUCCAACAGUCGACUACUGAAACUCAGACCAAGAGAUUUGGUAAGAGCAGAACCUGAGGCUUUCUUGACUUCAAUUUCUCCUACUUAUUACUUGGACUUGGGAAUCAUCAUUUGCCUUUAAAAUCCCUUAUUAUGCCUUCACAACUGUGCUUACACUCACACAGGAUCCCACCCCGUUCCUGAAGGAAUGCUGUCACCAAAUGUGAGCUGUUAUUUGAAUAAACUGCCUCUCGCA